ACUCAAACAGCGAGGGGUUCUGCCUUGCGCAUGCGCAGUGCUGUGCUCCGUGCGGCGUUCUGCUGAAGGGAUGAGGGCAGCGGAUUCAUGAACAACAGACCUAGAUGCUGAUGAGAGAAGAGUGGUUAGAAGGCGGGCGAAUGGUGUCAGAGAAUGCCACGGCAAGAAAAGAGUUUCCAGUCAUUAACUCUGAGGGAAGGCAUAACUGUUUCAUUGACUACGUUCUUUGUUUUUGACUUGAAGUCAUAACUGCAGCUAAUGCUGCAUAUCCUGACGUUACAAUGCCAGCGGGGCUGAAUGCGCAAGGCAGCGGUAUACCUAUCUCUGAUGCGAUGGGAUCAUUUAAGAGGAGGAAAAGAAAGUCCAUCAUAGUAACAGUGAUGCUCCUAAUCGUCUCCAUACUCAUCCUGGUCUUUGGUCUGGCCGCUACCACCAGGACACAAAACAUCACUGUUGGUGGCUACUAUCCAGGAGUGAUCCUCGGCUUCGGGUCCUUUCUGGGAAUCAUUGGCGCCCAUUUGAUAGAGAAUAAGAGGCAGAUGCUGGUGGCCUCCAUUGUCUUCAUCAGCUUCGGUGUGGUGGCGGCCUUCUGUUGUGCUAUAGUGGAUGGCGUUUUUGCUGCAAGACAUAUAGACCUCAGACCUCUAUAUGCUGGCCGAUGUGAAUAUUACUCCAGUGGGACUGCGUUUGAUUUAGAUGUCCACUGUCAAACUGCAUCUCGGGUCUCCUGUAACCUGCGUGUGAAGAGCAACACCUGCUACUGCUGUGACCUUUACAACUGUGGCAAGUAUGUGUGUGUGAGCGAGUCCCAUCUGGAUACAUCCCUCCUAGAAUAUUUUCUGCAAACAGGCGGAUCUGAAAAACAACAACUAUGCUUUGUUUUACCUUGCUUAAGUUCUGGUUUAUAUUUGCUUGUAUGGUGUGUGCUUCUAUCCCUGAAAUUCAGCUCUGUUCGAAAGAACGUUUGUGUUUAUUUAUGUUUCAGAGAGCAUCCUCUUAUGGGACUUCAGAAUAAAGAUGUUUUGAAAAAAUUUAGGAAAUCCUCCAUGAUUUGGAAUCGAGUGGAACUACGAGGAGGAUACCAUGAGUACACAGAGGUGCGGAGCUGCCAGGAUGUUGUGCACCUGUACCACCUGUUGUGGUCUGCUACUAUCCUCAACAUUGUAGCUCUGUUUCUGGGCAUCAUCACCGCCGCAGUGCUGGGGGGCUUCAAGGACAUGAUGCCUACAGCAGCACCAGAUUCCUGUGAGCCAGAACCUCUCCCUGUUCCUCCACCCCCAGAACCUCCUGGCCCCACCACCUCCAACAACUCUUUUUACAACACUGCCCCCUGCUUACCUCCAUACACUGCCUAUGACUUUCAGGGUGCCAGCUUGUUUCCUGACUCUUCAGGUAUGUCUGAUGAUUCCCAGUCUGGAGCUAGUCACAUGUGGCCAAAUAUGAUCCCACCUCGUUAUUCUCCUCCUUAUUACCAACCUGAUGAGAAGCCCCCGCCAUACAGCCCCUAAGGGACCAGUCUGAGGAAGACAUUUUCCUAUCAAGAGAGAACUGGCUUGGGGCAUUUUUGGAUAUCAGUGUACCACAUCAUUGAAGAAUCAUUGUUCUGAAUGAACAAUGUUUGCAGAAGAGGCUCACCUGUGCAACAGGUUAAGUAUAGAGAGACUACAGCAUUAACCACAGGCAUUCAUCACCAUACAGCAAGUGUAAUAUGCAACAUUAAACCAUGACAUGAUUCGCUCAAGUCAACAAACCUGAUGUGGAAAAUAUUCAUGUUAUAAAGCCUCAAUCCAAGAGGACUAUAACAACUGGCCUGACUUUGAGAUCAAGACUGUUCACAGAUAAGCCUUAAAAUGUGUGUCCGUUUCCAGUACAGCUUCACCUGGUUUGCCACCUCUUCCUGUUAUAGGUAACCUCUGUGGGUUUCCUACUUGUGAUUCCUCUGCGUAAAUCCAUAAUGUGAACUUCUCCCUUCCAAAGUGGCACAAAGUGUUUUGCGUCGCCUCUGCGUCUCUUAUCUUGCAAUUGAUUUGCACUUUAUUGUCUUCAGAAUUUACACAGUUCUACGUAAUUACUUGAGUUAUUUGUAACUGUUUCGGGCAGCUAGAUUGCAAAAACUGUACAUAUAUUUAGGCUGAAUCUUACAUUUUGUCCUGAGUGCUUCAUUAGGAUCAAAGAUCUUAACCUGUAAUGUGUGGUGUUUCUUUUGCAUUGUCAAGCACACAGUCGUCACAAAUUCAAAUAAUCUUUUGUGACAAAAAUAUAUUUUGCUUGAUUUAUGCACAGUAAUAAGCUUUUACAAGAAUGUGAGGACUUUCAAAACCUGUACAUCUCACAUUCAUCUGCCAUUUUGUGUUGCCGUUGUGUUUCUGUCUAGACAUGACAGGACUUACCGAAUGUAGAAAAGGAGUUACCAUUAUAUAAACUUAAAUGAAUUUAAACACUUAAUUGUUCACUACGUAAUAACAGAAAGUCUCUCCAUAUUGCAAAUAUGAUAUCAGUGUGUGUGUGUGUGCAAUGCUGUACAUGUUGUACAUAAACCGAACAAUCAAACCGCCUUCUCCUAACAACAAAGUUGAGUCUUAAGACUUGUAGUGAUCUCCCUUUUUAUCCAGUUGUGUGUUCACUGUGAGUGUCAAGUCUAUACACUGUACUUUACAUACAAAAACACUGUCCUUUACUGAAGUGAGUAGAGAUAUUACAACAAACUCAACAAUUUUAUGACUUACUGGUUGAUGUUAAAGUGCAACUGGUGAAUAUACUACAGCCACAUGCUAUAAAGUAAGAUCUUUGCCUCAAUCCUUCAUUUUUGAUCACAUUCAUGUUACAUGAAAGCAUUGUUUACCUUUGGUGUUAAAAUCUUAAAAUGAAAGACUGAUAGUUCAGCUCAGUAUUAAAUAUAAAAUGUAUAUCUGGAA